AUGGAUUCUAAUUUAUAUGUAAAGUUAUCUCCUUAAGGUACUUAAAAACAUAAAGAAUUGGAGUCUUAAUGUUUGAUGAAGUUUAUAUAUUGGGUAGCUGUAGCAAAUAUAUCAGGUGCACUUGGAGGUUAACUUAUGAUGUAUAUACCUAUGUCAAGCAGAUAAAAAUAAAUGAGGUAAUUAAAUGUAAUACACUUAUUUUUAGAUUUAGAAAUGGUGUAUUUAUAUCUACUGCUUUAUUAUUGAGUUAUCAUGGCUAUAAAUUAUCCAAAAGAGAUUUAAGAAUUGGUUAAAAAGAGAUCAUUCAAAAUAAAGAUAAUGUAUUGUCACCAUCUUGAG